AUGGCAUCGCUUCCAAAGACGUACAAGGCCGCAGUGGUUGAGUCCAAGAGCGCGCCGCUGAAGAUCGUCGACCAAGAGCUGAAGCAACCUGGCCCCGGCCUCAUUCUCGUCAAGGUCUUGGCAUGCGGUGUGUGCCACUCGGACGUGGGCAUGCAAGAGGGCGGGUUUGGCGACAGCGUCUUCCCCCGAGUUCCAGGUCACGAGGUUGUCGGCGAUGUGGUGGCCGUUGGAGAGGGCGUAAGCAGGUUCUCUGGCGGAGAGCGAGUUGGAGGGGCCUGGCAUGGAGGACAUGAUGGGACGUGCCGGCAAUGCCAGAAAGGCUUUUUCCAGACAUGCGAUAACGGGACGGUCAACGGUGUGUUCCGCGACGGCGGGUAUGCGCAGUACGUGCUGCUCCGCUCCGAAGCCGCGGUGCGGGUACCCAAGGACGUUGACCCGGCCGAGACGGCGCCACUACUGUGUGCCGGAGUGACCGUCUUCAACAGCAUCCGCAAGAUGCAGAUUGAGCAGGGCAACUUGGUCGCUGUCCAGGGUCUCGGCGGCCUCGGUCAUCUCGCCGUGCAGUACGCCAGCCGCAUGGGCUACAAAACGGUCGUACUUAGCUCGGGUGCCUCGAAGAAGGACUUCGCGAUGAAGCUGGGCGCGCACGUGUAUAUCGACUCGAGCUCGUCGGACCCCAUCGAGGAGCUCAAGAAGCUCGGCGGCGCAUCGUUGAUCAUCGCGACGGCGCCCAACCCCAAAAUCAUCGCGCCGCUUACUGCAGGCCUGCACGCUGGCGGCAAGCUCUGCGUGCUCGCUCCGGUUGGAAAGCUCGAGGUCGACACCAUCGAUCUAAUCGUAGGAGGCAAGUCGGUCUGCGGCUGGCCCAGUGGACAUCAAUUUGACUCGGAGGAGGCGAUUGAUUUUGCGGUCACGCACGGCAUCAAGUGCAUGAUCGAGCGAUUUUCGCUCCAAGAUGCGAAGAAAGCAUCGGAGCACAUGUUGUCUGGCAAGGUCCGCUUCCGCAGCGUGUUGGUUAUGGAAUAG